GAGACUGCAGGGGAGAUUGGCCGGCCCCAGUGAACCCCCACUGAGGACGGCUUAGCCCUGGUGGCCUGGAUGCUUGAGCAGGGAGCUCUGCCCUCUGAGGGGACAGCCCGCACCCAGACUCCAGGCAAGGACUUAGAUGAAGGCAUGGCCCCCACAAGGCCCCCAACAGACACUUCCAAGGAGCCUGUGACCUUCAGGGACGUGGCCGUGGACUUCACCCCUGAGGAGUGGGGGCGGCUGGGCCCCUCUCAGAGGCAGCUGUACCGGGACGUGAUGCUGGAGACCUACCGGAACCUGGUCUCCCUGGGACUGCCUGUCUCCAAACCGGACAUGAUCUCUUGGCUGGAGCAAGGGGAUGGCAGCCUUCUCCGAGCACUUCCCCACCGUCCUCCAGACUCACAGUCUCAGUCUAAGACCAAGGAGGCAACUUCAAAGCAGGGCACUCCUGAAAAAGCAUCCCAGAAGGUGACAGUAGAAAGACUCCGAAGGUGCAGUCUUUGGUGCUCCAUUUUGAAGGAAACAGCGGAAUGUGAGAAUCCAAUAAAGAAGCAACUGGGGAACCAGAAAAGACACGUGAAGCAAGUCUGGAAACAUCAACAGAUUCAUACAGGAGAGAAAACUCAUAAGUGUAAUGAAUGUGGGAAAAUGUACAAGAAGCAUGCAAACCUUAUUAUUCAUCAUAGAAUUCACAAAUAUGAAUGUAAAGAAUGGGGGAAUGCCUUUAGUGGUCAUUCAAAUCUUAUUAAACAUCAGAGAACUCAUGAUAGAGAGAAGCCUUAUCAAUGUAAUGAAUGUGGGAAAGCCUUCCAUCACCACUCACACCUGGUGAAACACCAGAGGAUUCACACUGGAGAGAAACCUUAUCAGUGUAAUGAAUGUGGGAAAACCUUCAGUCAGUGCUCCAGCCUUAUUCAACAUCAAAGAAUUCAUACUGGAGAGAAGCCUUAUAAAUGUGAUGAAUGUAGUAAAGAAUUCAGUCAUCGCUCACACCUUAUUAAUCACCAGAGAAUUCACACUGGAGAGAAACCUUAUAAGUGUAGUGAAUGUGGGAAAGGGUUCAGUCAAUGCUCUAGUUUUAUUAAACAUCAGAGGAUUCAUACUGGAGAGAAACCUUAUAAAUGUAACAUAUGUCAGAAAGAGUUCAGUCAUCAUUCACAUCUUACUAAUCACCAAAGGAUUCACACUGGAGAGAAGCCCUAUAAAUGUAAUGAAUGUGGGAAAGUCUUCAGUCAUAGCUCACACCUUAUUGUACACCAGAGGAUUCACACUGGCGAGAAACCUUACAAAUGUAAUGAGUGUGGGAAAGCCUUCAGUCAUAGUUCAAACCUUAUUGCACAUCAGAGGAUUCACACUGGCGAGAAACCUUAUGAGUGUAAUGAAUGUGGGAAUGCCUUUAGUCAUCGCUCAAACCUUAUUAAACAUCAAAGGAUUCAUGGAGAGAAAUCUUAUAAAUGUAAUGAAUGUGAGAAGGCCUUUAAUAACCGUUCAGCCCUUAUUGUGCAUCAAAGAACCCAUACUGGAGAGAAGCCUUAUAAAUGUACUGAAUGUCAGAAGGCCUUUAAUAACCGCUCAGCACUUACUGUACACCAGAGGAUUCAUACAGGAGAGAAACCUUAUAAAUGUAACGUAUGUGGCAAAACCUUCAGUAACAGCUCCUACCUUACUGUGCAUCAGAGGAUUCAUACAAGAGAGAAGCCUUAUAAAUGUACCGAAUGUGGAAAGGCCUUUAGCAACAGCUCCUACCUCAUUGUACAUCAUAGGAUUCAUACUGGAGAGAAACCUCACAAAUGUAAUGAAUGUGGGAAAACCUUCAAUCACCAUUCAGAACUUAUUGUACAUCAGAGGACAUACACUGCGGAGAAGCCUUACAAAUGUGCCGAGUGUGGGAAAGCCUUCAGCAGCAGCUCCUACCUUAUUGUACAUCAGAGGAUUCACACUGGAGAGAAACCUUAUACAUGUGAUAUGUGUGGAAAAGCCUUCUGUAAAUCCUCUGUCCUCGUUCAGCAUCAGAGGAUUCAUACGGGAGAGAAGCCUUUCAAAUGUACUGAAUGUGGGAAAGCCUUCAGACAGUGGUCAAGCCUUAUCAAACAUCAGAAAAUUCAUAGUGGAGAGAAGCUUUUUAAAUGUCAAGAAUGUGGAAAAGCUUUUAGUCAUCGAUCAGAACUUGUUGAACAUCAGAGGAUUCAUACUGGAGAAAAACCUUACGCAUGUAGUGAGUGUGGGAAAGCUUUCAGGCACCAUUCCAACUUUAGUAAACAUCAGAAGAUUCAUACAGGAGAGAAGCCUUACAAAUGUGAAGAAUGUGGGAAAACCUUUACACACUUUAGUUACCCCUCACAUCUCACUAUACACCAGAGAGUUCACACUGGAGAGAAACCUUUCCCAUGCAAUGACUGUGGGAAAUCCUUCAAUCACAAAUCAAGCCUCAGAGCACACCUGAGGAUUCAUACUGGAGAGAAACCCUUUGAAUGUAAGGAAUAUGGAAAAGCCUUCAGCCAGAGGUCACAUUUGACCUUACAUCAAAGCAUUCAUACUGGAGAGAUGCCAUUUCAAUGUGAUAUAUGUGAGAAAGUCUUCUGUAAGUCCACAUGCCUUAUUUAUCAUCAAAUGAUUCAUACUGGAGGUAUACCUUACAUAUGUAAUGAAUGUGGGAAAGCAUUCAUUUACAGUUCAGAUCUUCUCAAACACCAGAGGAUUCACACUGGAGAGAAACCUUAUAUAUGUAAUGAAUGUGGAAGAGCCUUUAAUCAGAGCUCAAGCCUUGUAAAACACCAGAGGAUUCACAGUGGAGAGAAGCCUUAUAAGUGCGAUGAAUGUGGGAAACGUUUUAGUCGUCAUUCACACCUUAUACAACAUCAGAGGACUCACACAGGAGAGAAACCUUAUCAAUGCAAUGAAUGUGGGAAAGCCUUCAGUCAGUGUUCACACCUCAUUAAACACCAGAGGAUUCAUACUAGAGAGAAGCCUUACCGAUGUAAUGAAUGUGGAAAAGCCUUUAGCAACCGCUCACAACUUAUUAAGCAUCAGAGGAUGCAUACUGGAGAUAUGCAUUAUCAUUGUAAUGAAUGUGGAAAGACCUUCAGUCGAUGCCCAGAUUUUCAUAAACAUCAGAAAAUUCAUACUGGGGAGAAGCCUUAUAAAUGUAAUGACUGUGGAAAAGCCUUUAGUCAUUAUUCACAUCUUAUUGUUCAUGAAAGGAUUCAUACAGGGGAGAAACCUUAUAAAUGUAAUGAAUGUGGAAAAGCCUUCACUCAAUUCUCAAACCUUAUCCAACAUCAGAAGAUUCAUACUGGAGAGAAGCCUUUUAAGUGUGAUGAAUGUGGGAAAGCUUUUAGUCGGCACUCACACCUUACUCAGCAUCAGAGAAUUCAUACCGGAGAGAAGCCUUAUCAAUGUAAAGAAUGUGGUAAGGCCUUCAGUAACCGCUCACACCUUAUUCAACACCAGAGGGUUCAUACUGGAGAAAAAUCUUAUAAAUGUAAUGAAUGCGGAAAGGCCUUCAGUCAUUGCUCACACCUUAUUGUACAUGAAAGAAUUCAUACUGGAAAGAAGCCUUAUCAAUGUAAUGAAUGCGGGAUAGCCUUCAGUCAAUGUUCAAACCUUAUCAGACACCAGAGGAUUCAUACUAGAGAGAAACCUUCUAAAUAUAAUGAGUGUGGGAAAGCCAUCAGUCGCCAUCCAUACCUUAUUAAACCUCAGGGUACACACCUUAGUCAUACCAAAGGAUUCAUACUGGGCUGGACUCGUAAGCACGUGCCCAGUUCCGCCAAUCCUGGACCACGGUCUGGGGAAGGCGGGGUCGGAAUCCCUCAAACGGUUGCCGUCUCCCUCAGCCGGGAGAGUGAAGGGGGGGCGGGGCGGGAACGAUGGCCACUGAUUGGUUGGACAUGCGCGCUGCCGCAUCCACCAUUGCAGGCCGAGUCCGCCCGCUCGGCGGUGGUGUUUCCGCCGCUUCUUCCCCGCGCCCCGGGGGAGCGUCAUCGAGGUCUGCCCUCCGAGGGCGCAGCCCGCACCCAAACCCUAGGGGACGAGGUGGAUGAAGGCAUGGCCCCCACUGGGCCCCCGGCGGACACUUCCAAGGAACCCGUGACCUUCAGGGACGUGGCCGUGGACUUCACCCCUGAGGAGUGGGGGCGGCUGGGCCCCUCUCAGAGGCAGCUGUACCGGGACGUGAUGCUGGAGACCUACCGGAACCUGAUCUCCCUGGGGCUUUCCAUUCCCAAACCGGCUGCCAUCUCCCACCUAGAGCAAGAAGAGCCGUGGAUGGCGGAGGGAGAGGUCCCGAGUGGCCCCCAUCCAGACUGGAAGACUAGACCUGAAACCACAGAGUCAACCCCAGGUUGGGAUAUUUCUGAAGGAGGAAUAACGCAUGGUAUGAUGAUGACAAGAUUGGCCCAGGAUGGUCCUUGGAACCCCAGUUUGGGGAAAACCUGGACAUGUGGUGGACAGUUAGAAGAGCAGCAGGAGAGACAGUGGAGGCAGAGGAUUGUCACCAGUAAGCCAAUCCAAUCUGGGGAUGCAGGCUCUGAAUGGGAUGAAUGUGAGAAAAGCAUCAGUCUGAGGCCCCUGCUGAUUCUACACCAGAAUCUGUCCUUGGCGGGAGAGAGGGCCCAUAAAUGCGAUGUGAGUGGGAAAAGCUUCAAGCAGCUUUCUCACUUGAUCGAACAUCAGAUCAUCUGUGCGGAGAAGAAACCUGACAAGUACAAUGAAUGUAGGGAAGACCUUCUGCAUGACUCACUUGGAGUGGACCCUCCCAGAAGCCAUCCCAGAGGGAAACCCUACAAAUGUAAAGAAUGUGGGAAAGCCUUUAGCCAAAGCGCACUUCUUUCCAAACACCUGAGAGUUCACACUGGAGACAAGCCCUAUGAAUGUAGUGAUUGUGGCAAAGCCUUCAACCAGACUUCACACCUCAGGCAGCAUCGGAGAAUCCAUAAUGAAGAAAAACCCUUUGAAUGCAAUGAAUGUGGGAAAGCCUUCAGGGUGAGCUCAUCCCUUACUGAGCAUUGGAGGACUCAUACUGGGGAAAAACCCUAUCAGUGCAAUGAAUGUGGGAAAGCUUUUAAUCGGAGUACCCACCUUACACAGCACCAGAGGAUUCACACUGGAGAGAAGCCCUUUGCAUGUAAUGAAUGUGGGAAGGCCUUUAACCGGAGCACACUCCUUACUCAACACCAGAGAAUUCACACUGGAAAGAAACCCUAUGAAUGUGAUGAAUGUGGCAAGGCCUUCCGAGUGAGCUCAUCCCUUACUGAACAUCGGAGAAUUCACACUGGAGAGAAGCCCUAUGAAUGUAAUGAAUGUGGGAAGGCCUUCAACUGUAGUAAACUCCUUACUCAGCACCAAAGGAUUCACACUGGAGAGAAGCCCUAUGAAUGUAGCCAGUGUGGGAAAGCCUUCAACAAGAGCCCAAACCUUACUCGACAUCAAAGAAUUCACACUGGAGAGAAACCCUACAUAUGCAGUGACUGUGGGAAGACCUUCAACCAGAGUACCCACCUUAUUCAACACCAGAGAAUUCACACUGGAGAGAUUUUCUAUGAUCCUGUAACCAACACCUACCUGUGAAGGUUACUUAGAUACUUGAAGCCUGUGGUUGCCUGCUGAAUUUGCCCGGGGGCUGAUGGAAAGAGGGGUCCCUCAGUCUAUCCGGUCGGUAUGGUGGUUUGACAGGAAAUAUGAGGAGUUGUCCACAAAUCUGGGUUUCUCCUCUGGGAAGGGGCCAUGCUGCCAUACUCCAUUGGGAAUGAACCUCUUCAUUCCCCAGGCCAACCAGAAAAGUGCUUAGACCGUACUGAUAACGAGAUUUCUUCUCCAGAGUUAAUGGGAGAGCAGAGAAGAGUUUUAGACCGGAUGGGAGUAAUGGGACAGGCAUUGCUACUGAGUUGUUCCAUGAGCAGGUGAAGUAGCCACGGGGGUCUUUCACCCAGGCUUUAUGGGCUUGGGUGCCAGAGAUCCAGGAAUGAGAAUUCCCCACGUAACAGCAUUCUCAUUUCUCUCUUUUAUUUCUUUUUCUCCUUCCCACCUUGCUCUUUAUUCUCCGUCCAUUUUUCUCUAACCUCACAUCACUGGGGAGAAAAGUAGUGGGUGGGGGUAGGGUGAGAGAGGGGAGCAGGGGGUCAGAGAGAGUGGUCAGGGCCAUCUUGAGAGAUGCUCCCCUUUUGUAGGAGUUAUCCACAGGCCACUGCUUUGAUGGGGAAGUGAUUCCCCGCUACCUUUGGUGGUGUUUGUCUCCUGUGUAUGUAGACUGUGGUUGGGGGGCGAGGUGGGAAAUGAAAAGUACAGACCUCCUUUGGUCUGUCUGCUAUGGUUCCCCACCCCCACCCCCACCCCAUUCACAGUCUCACAGCUGACAAAGUCAUUUUCCUAAGACAGGUCUCACACUGCUGCUCCUGUGCUUAAGUCUUCAGGAGCUCCCCAUUACCUCUAGAACAGAUGUGUCUGCUAUCUUAACUCAUGACCUCCCCAGGCCUCAGUUUCCCCCAUAAAGGGGGGGGUGAGAGGGGUUGAUAAUAAAACUUAGAAGCUGCUGUGGAAGUGUGGAAAGUCCAGUGUGUUUGGAGUCGGGACCCGGUUUCUUAAAUGGCUUCAAAAUGUGCUUCAUCUUGAGUUCCUGCUUUCAGGCUCCCAUUUCUGCCCUCUGAGCCCCAGGGAACUCUGCAGUCUCUGCACACCAUCUUAGUGCCUGGCUGUGGAAGGUUCAGUGGCAGGACAGUCAAGAUGACGGGUGAUGGCCCGAGAUGCAGUGGAUGGCCUCGGGGCCUGUGAUGUCUAACCUAGCUCGAAGGCUCAACAGCUCCUGCUUCAGCCGCCUUCAUGGGGGGACGUUUUCACUGCUUGGGGUGAUCACCCCACUAACUCAGCAAUGGGUUUGAGGCCUGUCAGUUACCCUCAGCCUGGUUUAGCCUGCCUGCCA